AUGAUCAGAAUAUCACACCUUAAGCUAUUCCUUCCAUUUAUGUUUCUUUCCUGCCUUGCAAAUACUGGCCAAUUGGUAUUUGCAAAGGGAAAAGAGAAUGUUAGAGAUGCUUGCAGAGUAACUAGGUAUCCAGACCUUUGUAUCCGCUCGCUAGCACCAUUCUCUAACAGUGUUGGAAGAAGUCCCAGCAAGUGGGCAAGGGAAGCAGUGUCAGUAACAAUUGGCGAGGUUAAGAAUGUUCAAGCAUAUCUUGCAAAGUUGAAGAAGCACGGGCUUAUAAGAGGAAGAAACAGAGUUGCACUUUCAGAUUGUGUUGAGUCUUUUGCAGAUGCCCUUGAUGAGCUUCACAGAUCUCUGAGUGUGCUCAGAAGGUUGAGCAGAAGCACGUUUGGUACCCAAAUGGGGGACGUCAAUACAUGGAUAAGUGCAGCACUCAGUGAUGAAGAUACUUGCCUUGAUGGGUUUCAAGGCAAAAAGGAGAGGAAAACCAAAUUGCUGCGAAAUCGGGUUCUUAAAGUAUAUUAUAUAACCAGUAACGCUCUAGCUCUUGUCAAUAAACUUGCCACUACAGGUCUAGGAAGCAUAUCUGAUCCAUAGAAGUUCUGAAUAUUGUAAAAGAAAUGUUUCUCCAAGGAACUAGAAUAAGCUGUGAAUAGUAGUAGCUAGGGGAGUGAUAGUCUCAGCAAAGGGAGAAAAAAAAAGUACAGUGAUACUCACCAUGCUUGUUUGAGUCCUCUGCUCUUGAUUUCUUUUUUUCUUUUUUUGGACUCUGUUGAGAUAUAUAGUCCCACAUUGGUUGUAUGAGCAACUAAUGUGAAGUUUAUAAGGCUUGGACACUCCCACCCUUUGAGCUAUCUUUUGGGAUAGUGUAUCCCAAGGUUCUUUACAUGGUGUCAGAGCUCGCAGUCCCCCACUUUCUCUUGUGGAGUUUCUUAGCACAGGUAGGCUGAGCUUGUUGCAUUGUCCACUCUUCAAGCCCAAUCGCUCUUGUGUGAGGGGGCGUGUUGAGAUAUAUAGUCUCACAUUGGUUGUAUGAGCAACUAAUGUGGAGUUUAUAAGACCUUGGACACUCUCACUUUUUGAGCUAACUUUUGGAGUGGUGUAUUCCAAGAUUCUUUACAGACUCUACCAGCAUUCGAACAAGGAGCAUUGUUGAUUUCUUUUCUGCCGUACCCAAAAAGAAAAAAUUGUCCAGAAAAUGUGGCCAUGAGAUGAAAUAGAAUAGCCUAGCUAGGCCGAGUUGUG